ACGCCCCUUCACACCUGGCUGAACCAGGUAGGCCCAGCCAGUGCAGGAGGAGACAGAAAUGAACCUGGGGCAGUGGCCUGCAGUCCAAGAUUGCAGACAGCAAAAAACGCAGUGGAAGGAAGGAAGCCACGCCCCCAAGGAGGGAGCCUGCACCUGGCCUAAAACGUGCUCUGUAGAUGUCAUGGCAUUCCCAGUACCGGAGCUCCAAGUUUCGCCACGUCUUUGGCAAACCAGCCAGCAAGGAGAACUGCUACGACUCGGUGCCCAUCACCCACAGCGUCCAAGACAAUCAUUUCUGCGCUGUGAACCCCUGUUUCAUUGCAGUCGUGACUGAGUGCUCCUGUGGGGGGGCCUUCUUUGUCAUUCCCUUGAACCAGACGGGAAAAUUGGACCCCCACUACCCAAGGGUCUGCGGGCACGGAGGGAACGUCUUAGACAUCAAGUGGAAUCCUUUUAAUGAUUUUGAGAUCGCCUCCUGUUCUGAAGAUACCACAAUUAAGAUCUGGGACAUCCCCAAGCAGCUGCUGACAAAGAACCUCACAGCCUGCAAGAAGGAGCUAAUGGGCCACACCCGCAGGGUGGGCCUGGUCGAGUGGCAUCCCACGGCUGCCAACAUCCUCUUCAGCUCUGGCUACGACUUCAAGGUGAUGGUCUGGAACCUGGACACAAAGGAGUCUGUAAUCAUGAGCCCCGUGAGGACGAUUACCUGCCACCAAGGUGUGAUCCUCUCCAUGUCCUUCAACACCAAUGGCAGCCUGCUGGCCACCACCUGUAAAGACCGCAAGCUUCGGAUCCUCGACCCCCGGGCCGGGGCUGUCCUCCAGGAAACCAGCUGCACAGGGCACCGGGCCAAUAAGGUGCUGUUUCUGGGGAACCUGAAUAAGCUGCUGUCCACGGGCACAUCCCAGUGGAACAACCGGCAGUUGGCGGUGUGGGACCAGGACAACCUGUCCCAGCCUCUCUUCGAGAUGGACCUGGAUGGCUCCUCGGGCGUGCUGUUUCCGUUCUAUGAUGCGGACACCAACAUGCUCUAUGUGGUGGGAAAGGGAGAUGGAAACAUCCGCUACUAUGAGGUGAGCGCCGACAAGCCUCACCUGAGCUACCUGACAGAGUACCGCUCCCACAGCCCACAGAAGGGGAUGGGUGUCAUGCCAAAGAGAGGUCUCGACGUCACCUCCUGCGAGAUCUUCCGCUUCUACAAGCUGAUUACAAGCAAAGGCCUCAUUGAACCUAUAUCCAUGAUUGUACCCCGGCGGUCGGAGUCUUACCAAGAGGACAUCUACCCACCUACGGCAGGAGCCCGGCCCUCUCUGACAGCCCAGGAGUGGCUCUGUGGGAUGAAUAAAGGCCCAGUCAUGGUGUCCCUGAGGCCCUGCUCCGAGCUCCUGAGCCCGCAGCCACUGCUCCCAGAGACACCCCCCUCCGUCUCCAUGGCCCCCUCCAAACAAACAGACAAGGUGGUUGUAGAAGAUGGCCGGAGAGCCUUCUCCCAUCUGGAGGAGAAGGUGCCCAGGCAGGGAGCAGCAGAACACAGGCUGAAAGAGAAGACACCUCGGCUUACCAAUGGCUUCGACAUGGAGUGUCCCCCGCCAAAGACAGAGAACGAGCUGCUGCAGAUGUUCUAUCGACAACAGGAGGAGAUCCGAAGGCUCCGCGAGCUGUUGACCCAGCGCGAGGUGCAGGCCAAGCAGUUGGAGCUGGAGGUCCAGAACUCGCGCAUGGGCUCACAGAGGUUCUGAGCAGAGCGCGAUGCCCUCCCCGCCCUCAGGGACACCACUCAGAUCCAUGGGGAGGUCCAGAACCAAACCACAAGUCCCCCAAGAACAACCACUAUUUCUAUAUUUUUUAUCAGAAAACGAAAACUCUCGGUUGCUGGAAGAUUCUAGUGGGAGGGGUGUGGUGCCGUUUUCUACUUGCCUUCUCAAAACAGGUGUCUGAAUUGACUCUUUUUAGACAACAAUUUGCCUUCGGUUUUGUUCUGUGUUUAAGGGUCCAUGGCGAGCUGUCACUUCUCCAGGGAAAGAACACUAUAAAGUUAGAGUUCGAAGGACCCAAGGGGGGAAGCUGCCUGUGAUUUUCAAACUGUCCACAGGGUGGGAGGAAGCCUAAGCAGGAGGGCUGUGCCCCCCACCCCCACCCCGUUCCAACCAGACAGCUCCCCUUCUUUCUGAUUUAUAUAUUGGCUUCCAUGGAAUACAUAGUUCUGUUUCUGAAAAAACAUUGAGAAGUUUGAAAAGCAGUGAUCUGGCCCAAUUCCUCAUUUUACAGGUGGGGAAACUGAGACCCAGAGAGAGAUGAGUGACCAGGAUCCACAGAGGGUUCGUGGAAGGGCUGGGUCAAGCUUCUGGUCUGCUGGGUCUGUCUUUCUGCUGCUCCCGGUCUGAUGCAGCUCUCAGCCUGCAGGUCAGGAAUCUGUUUAUUCUGGGUUCAGCAGUGACCUCUUACAGGUCCUUCCCUCUCUGGUCUCAGUUUUUCCAUCUGAACCUGGGGACCCUGAGGUGUGCUACCCUCUACAGGAUCUG